AGCCACCUAAUCAAUCUAACCAAUUUUGCACGAUCAUCUGUGCAAUUCACAUGAACGCCAUAAACUCACAUCGGACCAAUACCGAUAGGGGGAUUAUAUAGCCAUAUAUUUGGAAAAAUCUCCCUUCUCAUUGCCCAAGUCGACCUGACUAGGCAAACUUGCGCCUUUUUUGGAGAAAACUACCCGAUAUCUAAUCUUAUCACGAAUCGGAACGGGUUAAAUCCGUGUGCGAUGGAUACCGUAGAUAUCUAACGAAUCGAACCGAACCCACUAUCUAUCGGAAACGACUGCUCGGCACUUCUCAGUCUCAAUCGGAAAGUAUGUCAAGUUAGUCACCAUUCUACCACCCGAAAUGGAACCAAUUGAUGUCCUCUUGCGUAACGAUUCCGGAUCAACGUUUCUCCAAGACAGAUGGAACUCUUUGCUGGAUACCAUCGGUGACGACCCGGAGUUCCUGUACGUGUGGGCGUUGACCACCUGGGUCAAUGGCUUCUUCUGGGCUUUCGGGGCUUUGUUCGUCCUGAUGGACAUCACCAACCGUCCCCGGUGGUUGCGAAAGUUCAAAACACAACCAGGUACGAACGAGCCGCUCGAAUGGACCGGACUCAAACGAGUGAUGAAGAAUAUUCUGUUCAAUCAAAUCGUUAUUGGAGUUCCGUUGACCUAUAUCGGAUUCCACACGGCUGGAAAGACAAAUCUGCCGGAUGUUCGUGUCCUCCCGAGUACCUUCGAGGUCCUCCGUGACCUUUGCGUUUGCUUGUUCUUCGCCGAAAUAGGCUUCUACUACAUACAUCGGAUCUUGCACCUGAAGCCCCUUUAUCGGCACAUUCACAAAAAGCACCACGAGUGGACGGCUCCCUUUGCCUGGGCCGCCAUGUACUGCCACCCGCUUGAGCACAUUUUCAGUAACAUGAUUCCCCCGAUCAUAGGGAUUCACCUGAUGAAGAGUCACUUAGCGACGGCCGCCCUGUGGUUCCCGCUGGUGAUUAUCAAUACGAUUCGGGAUCACUGCGGCUAUCAUUUGCCGUUCUUUCCGAGUUCGGAGUACCACGAUUACCACCACGCCAAGUUCACGGAAUGCUUUGGGACGUUUGGUUAUUUGGAUCUGCUGCAUGGUACCGACAGACAAUAUCGCAAAAGCAAACAGCACCUUCGGCAUAAGUUUUUGUGGUCGACGAAAUCUGCGCGAGAAUUGAUUCCGGAUAAAUAAGUCAGAGUCAGAGCAAGAGGAAUGAAUCCGUUAUGCAGAGCUAUACGUUAACAUAUUCUACAAUGAUGAAUGUUGUGCGGUGUGGUGCAUCAUGAAAAUAUUCGUGACCCUAUACUUUACUCAUUUUGAAUUAUGAUUCCUUGGUUUAAUUCACUAUUGCUAAAACAAGUACUAGUGUACCCGACGUGGUCCAUGCGCACCUAUCAUGUGUGAAAUUGUAAAACUAAAUAAAGAUUCCAAUAGAAUCCGACACGGGUUACGCAUGAGUUUAUCAUUUGACGUUCGAGUAUUGCCGAAAUUCGUUUGCUAUAAAUUCGUCAUGAGGAAUCGUGUUUCAG